UGGACUUGGGUUAUAUCACAAGUCAGUGCUGCAGGAGAAAAGGCUCAAGUUCCUUUUCUCGUUUUGGGUGAUUAGUUGUAAUUAAAGCUCGUUUUGGAUGAUUAGUUGAUGCUCUUAAUAUUUUAGAAAAACCAGCAAUUAAUGUAAAUUUAUUGAAAAAUAACUUUGGUUGUUUUAAAAGUUAAAGGUUUUUGGAGAAAGUAUCAAAGCGACCAGCAUCCCGGCAUGUGUUGCGAUUGAUGACGCAAUGCUCCCUGUAAUUAAUUCGGUAAUUAUUUGCACACUUGUCACAAGUGACUUGUGAACCACGCACUCGAAGCCUUAGCGCAGUUUCUCCUGGUGCACUUUGCUGUAGGGCGAGUGUUGGGCCUCUGGUUACGCUACAAACGAGUGCACCGGCUUUGUCGUAAAGUGUGUCGUAAGUGACCUGCUUUACGGCGCUUGUUUGACUCCAGUCAGCUCCUUUACAUGUCACCGUUUUAAUCACCUUUAAAGCCGUUUUAGACAGAGACGGAAGCCCCACAAUGUCGGGCCCGGUUCUAUUGGUUCUGUACGGGAGUCAGACCGGUACCGCCCAGGACACGGCCCACAGGGUGGCCCGGCAGGCCCAGAGGAGGCGGCUGAAGGUUCGGGUGAUGCCUCUGGACCGGUAUGACCCGGCCCAGCUGAUCUCAGAGGUUCUGGUUGUGUUCGUGUGUUCCACCACGGGACAAGGAGACCCUCCAGACAACAUGAAGACCUUCUGGAGGUUCCUGUUUCGGAAGUCCGUACCUGCUGGCGCUCUGAACCGGCUGGACUGUGCAGUUCUGGGUCUGGGAGACUCCUCCUAUCCGAAGUUUAAUUUUGUGGCCAAGAAGCUUCACAAGCGUCUGGAGCAGCUAGGUGGUACCAUGCUGGUUCCGGUCGGUCUGGCAGACGACCAGCACGACCUGGGGCCGGACGCCGUCAUCGACCCGUGGCUCUCUUUAUUCUGGGAGAAGGUUCUGGUUCUGAACCCGUCUCUGGCUGAUGUGGUCCCUCUGAGGGAGGACGAACCACUCCCACCUUCGUUCACGUUCCACUUCCUGGAUGCUGAGACGAAGAGAACCACCGAUCCAGCCAGAGUCCCCUCGGACCGAACCGCCCCGUCCGAGUCCUGUCCUUUUCCUGCCAGGAUGCUGUCCAACAGGAGAGUGACGCAUCCGUCUCAUUUCCAGGAUGUGCGACUGAUUGAGUUUGAUAUUUCUGGGUCCGGGAUCGAGUUUGCAGCUGGAGACAUUGUGAUGAUUCGUCCUCACAACGCUGCAGCAGAUGUUCGGCUCUUCUGUCAGCUGCUCAGGUUGGACCCAGAAUCCAGCUUCACUCUCAAACCCACGGGGAACGCUGCAGUUCCAGCGGGACUUCCUGAGCCGUGCACCGUGCACCACCUGGUGGAGCGUUACCUGGACAUCGCCGCUGUGCCGCGGCGUUCCUUCUUUGAGCUUCUGUCAACGUUCGCCACCGACGAGCGGGAAAGGGACAAGCUGAUGGAGUUCAGCUCAGCGGCCGGUCAGGAAGAGCUGCACGGUUACUGCAACCGACCUCGACGCACGGCGCUGGAGGUUCUGACUGAUUUCCCUCAAACUACAAGUGAACUCGGAGUGGAUCACCUCCUGGACCUGUUCCCUGAGAUCCAGCCACGAUCCUUCUCCAUUGCCUCUUCUCUAAAGGCCCACCCAGACCGGCUGCAGAUCCUUGUGGCCGUGGUUCGGUACCAAACCAAGCUGUAUAGACCCAGACGAGGCCUCUGCUCCUCCUGGUUAGCAUCUCUGGAUCCUCAACAAGGGCAGGUUCCUGUUCCCCUCUGGGUGAAGAAGGGAACUCUCCGGUUCCCUAAAGACAGCAGCAUCCCGGUGAUCCUGGUCGGACCUGGAACCGGAGUGGCACCCUUUAGGUCGGCGAUCCAGGAGAGGUUUUCUGAGGGCAAAACCGACAAUGUUCUGUUCUUCGGCUGUCGGUCCGAGUCCAAAGACUUCUACUUCCGCUCAGAGUGGGAGGACCUGACUGAGGCUGGACAUCUGCUCCUUUUUACCGCCUUCUCUCGAGAUCAGGAGGAGAAGGUGUACGUUCAGCACCGAGUGAAGGAGAACGCCGCGCUGCUGUGGAACCUGGUUGCUCAGAAGAACGCCUGCUUCUACAUCGCCGGGAACUCUAAACAGAUGCCCGCCGCGGUGAGCGACGCCCUGAAGGACGUGCUGCAGCAGGAAGGAGGACUUUCUGCUGCUGAAGCGGAGGAGAUGCUGGCCGUCAUGGAGAAGAUGGGCCGGCUGCAACAGGAGACCUGGUCCUGAUCCAGGCUGAGCUGAUGGAUGAGUUGGGUCUUGGUUUGGAGGUUCUGGUCCAUCCUGGUGAGAUUCCCGUGUCCAUCCCUGCAGAGGAACCGACGGGAUCGUAAUGAGGGUCCGAAUUCCUGAAAAAUCUGUUAAUAAAGUUUGAAAACUGAAGUGAAUAAGCUAAAAGCCCAUUAAGGUUGUCUCUGAGUGACAUCAUUCAGGAAACAUGGAAAUCCGCUUAAAAGUGCUUGGAUUGGGAGUUAGUUGAGGUCUUCGAACCGUAGUGAGUUACUGGUUUCAUGAUGGACUCAGCGGUUUCUGACCAUCACUCACCAGUAAACCCAGCUUCCUUCAGGAACAGCUCCUUUCUCAUGGAGGUGAAACAGCUGUUUCCAGUCUGACUCUGGAUCAGUGCUGCGGUGACAACCACACAAUGGACGUGUAACAUCCAACGUUUUCACCUUUCAUCUACGGCAUAAAUGCACUUCCUGUUUGGCCUUCCAGAACCAGAAGGUUCCGUUCAGCGUGUGUUGACGUUUCAUGAAGACAAAACAUUCUCUCCGAAGGUCCUACACUCUCUGCAUGAACGCUAGACACCAGUCUUCACUCUGAACAAGUGAAGACUCCAUGUUUAGGAAAAAUAAAACUCCUUUCAUAAACUA